AUGGAAGACUUGAGCAUACAAAAUGUCAACUUGGAAACAUCUGAAAACCUGGAGAGACACAGGACAGAGGGCUUCAGCAGCUCUAAAGCUCUGGUGGUGAGAAGAGGAGACCCAUUCAGAAUCAGUCUGCAGCUGAAGGGUCGACCCUUCAACCCCAAGACUGACUCUCUGAGGAUCAAAGUUAUGCUAGGCCGCCUGUAUGUGGUAAUGCCCGUCACUUUCUCCAGGAAGGUUUCUUCCUCCCAUUGGAAAGCCUAUUUUGACCCAGAGAUCCUGAGCCUCCAGAACCUGUCCAUUUUCAUCUCCUCUCCUGCCUCUGCCUCAGUGGGCUUCUACAGAUUUAAGCUGUAUGUGUUCACUCAGGACGGCCAGAGAAGCUACACCUAUGGCAAAUUCAUGCUGUUGUGCAACCCCUGGUGCAGUGAGGAUGCAGUUUACGUUCCCUUUGAGGACCAGCGAGAGGAAUACGUCCAGAACGACUCUGGGUUGCUGUUUAUGGGGACAACUAGAAACCUCGUGUCAAGACCGUGGUCCUUUGAUCAGUACGAGUCUGGUGUCCUGGAGACGUGCCUGAAUCUGCUCCAAAUCAGCCCUCAGCACCAAAAGAAUAGAAGGAUGGACUACCUGAACCGAAACAACCCCAUCUACAUCAGCCGGGUUGUGUCUGCCAUGAUCAACUGUGAAGAUGACCGUGGAGUGCUGAAAGGAAACUGGUCAGGGUCUUUCAAAGAAGGUGUUCAUCCCUCCACGUGGACUGGGAGUGGAGACAUCUUGAGACAGUGGGCCUUGACUGAUUACAGACCAGUCAAGUAUGGACAAUGCUGGGUAUUUGCAGCUGUCAUGUGCACAGUCAUGAGAGUUCUUGGCAUUCCUUGCCGCGUCGUCACAAACUACAACUCUGCCCACGACACCAACAAGAACCUUGUGAUUGAGGAGUACUACAACGAAAAAGGGGAGAAGCUGAAUAACAGCAAUGACAGUAUAUGGAACUUCCAUGUGUGGGUGGAGUGCUGGAUGACUCGACGGGAUCUGGGAUCUGGAAUGCAAGGCUGGCAGGUUUUGGAUCCGACCCCCCAGGAAAGGAGUGGAGGAGUGUUCUGCUGUGGCCCAGCCCCUGUCAAAGCGAUCAAGGACCAGCGCAUGGACCUGUUUUAUGACAUCCCCUUUGUCUAUGCCGAGGUGAACGCUGACGUCUACACAGUCAUAGUGAGCAAGGGUCGGGUGGUCAACUACAGUAAAGACACAGAGAGAGUUGGAUCCCUCAUCUGCACCAAGGCCGUAGGCACCCCCAGACUCCAGAAUAUCACAGGAGACUACAAAUUUAUCAAAAGCCCAACAUCAACACUUACAUCAAGGAGCUCCGCAAUAUCAGAAGACUCAACACUAAGGAGAGCAGGCCCGUCCAAGGGGGUGCUAGUCUUCCUGAGCCUGGAUAAAGCUCCGGUCGCCGGGGAGCCCAUCUGCUUCACAGUGAAAAUCGUCAACAAGCGGAGUGUCGCCAAGGUGAUGAAGGUGCAUCUCAAUGCCCAGGCCAAAGAAUACAACCACAGCCCCUCAGACACCUUCUGGGAAACCAACGGCGUCGUGCAACUGGCCCCAAUGGAAGUCAAGGUGCUGAGCCAGCAGAUGCUCCCAGCCCAGUAUGAAGACGUGGUGGGAGAUGACCUGAUCAACCUUGCAGUAGUCCUGGAGGACAUAGACAGUCAGGAGCACAUCCUGGCCUCAGAGGAGUUCAAUAUCGCCAGCCCAAACCUCCUCAUACAGGUUGCAGAUGAAAACUUUAUCAUGCGUAACAAAGAGCAGACCGCCACAGUGAUCUUCACCAACCCAUAUUCUCAACCAGUGAGCGGAGUACUGACUGUAGUCGGGGCCGGACUGAUCCCAAACAAACUUCAGUUCAGGAUGCUCCCGCUGCGUCCAGGAAGAAGAGUGGAGCAGCACAUCACCUUCAUCCCCAGCAUGGUGGGAACAAAGAUGCUGCAGGCAAGCCUGACACUCACAAAUAUCAACUCCACUAUCAGAGGCUUCAAGAUGGUCUCUGUCAACCGUGCUUAGAUCUUUUUUUUUUCAUCUUUUUGCCUCUCAUUUGGCUUAGUUGUUGCACUAGGGUACAGUACAUUUCUAUUUUCAGAUUUGCCUGUAAAACACAGUUCUUAUAAGAUGUAACAGCUCAGUUUCUCAAGGCAGGUGAUAUCUGCUGCUUAUGUCUAGUGCCAUCCAACCGAAGUAAUCCUCAUGUUUACGUAUUGCCGUCUAUGAAAAUGUGAAUGUAUGCUGUAUUUAUUUGUUUUGCUAUUUAUUUUGCUGUUUAUGUGAUUGAGCUGUGAAAAUCAAUAUUGCAACUAGGGAAUCUGCCUUUUCACUUG